UUGAUCAACUGAAAGAUCAUUGCACAGCAGUCAACAAUGCAACAGAUGAGAGAAAAGCAGCAACCCUUUUUUAAACCGUUAUCCUUCAGUGAACAGAAUGUUAAUACAAAUAAUCCUUAUGAGACUUCCCAGGCACCCCCUAUACAAGUACGACCGAAAUUCCAACAAAAUUCAGCACAAUUUCAGACCAGUAAAGUGAGAGAGAAUGAACAAAUCCAAGUUAUAUCGCAACAACAAGAACAGACCCAAGGCAAUGAGAGAAUAUCUUCUUUACAUGUGAAAUUGCAGCAUGAAGCAGACCGUAUUCGGAAAUGGAAAGUCCAAACUGAAAUCGAAAUCAAGCAAAAGGACAAGAAAAUAAAAGAAUCCACUCACACCAUUGAAAGCUUAAGGAAAUCUAUUCUUGAGCUUCAGCUUCAAAAUGAAAGCCUCAGUCUGCGUCUUCAAGAAGAGAUUACCAGUAGGGAGGAAAUUCUUCAUAGAAUAAAUGCUACAAGAGAAAUGUGUAAUCUUUUGAAAGACCACUUGGCUGGUACGGAGGAAAGACUGCAAAAAUGUGAAACAGAGCGUACUGAGCUGAAAUAUAUUGAGAAACAACAUGUUAAGCAGUUUGAGGAGUUAUCAGAAAAGUUUACAAGUCUUGAUAUAACAUCAAAGAAAGAAAAGAAAGAAUUGACAGAAAAAUUGACAGCAGAAUUGAGGAAAGGUGAGGAACUACAAAAAGAACUUAAAAAUCACAAGGAAGAAAUGAAAACUGCAUUGAAUGAUUUAGAGAAAUUGUGUGAUGAGAAAGACAUUGAGAUCCGGGAUGUCAGGGCUGAACUUUGCAAGAAUGAGGAUGAAAUACACAAGAUGAACUCUGUUAUAGAUGAGCUGCAAAGUGACAUUGGAAAUUUACAGAGUGAACUACAGCAGAAGCAAACCUGCCUAACAGAAUCUGAAGAGAAAUUGAAGAAAAUAAUGGAGGACUAUGGAAAAUUGGAGGAAAAACUUUCCAAGACAAGCAAGUCAUUAGAGGACAGCCAGAAUGACCAUUUGUUACUGAAGGCAGAAUUUGAAACCAACAGAUCUUCUUAUACUGAGGAAGUCAAUAAUCUCAGAGGUCACCUUGAAAACCUAAACUGUGCACUUGAUAAUGAGAAAUCAAGAGUGUUCAAUCUUGAAACUUCACUGCAAAAAAUGGAACACACAGUUGAAGAUUUGAAAAGCACAAAAGAUAUUUUGAUGAUGGAGAAAAGUGAGAUGGAGAGGAAAGUACAUGAACUUAAUGAAGAAAAGGCUAUCAUUCUUCAAGAAAGGGAACAAAUUUUUGUUGAAAAAACUCAUUUAGAGGCUACAAUGGGAGGAUUAAAUACAGAGUUGGCAAAAUACAAGGAGGAAAACUUUGACCAAAGGACAGAGUUACAAAGUCUUAACAACCAUCUGGAAGUAGUGCUAGAAGAAAACAAGAAAGUCAAAGAAGAACUCAGUGAAUUAAAUAAAGACAUACUUGCAAGGGAGGCAAAAUUUCAAGAAAUAAAGAAAUCCUUUGCAGAAAAGAUGGAUUUCUGUUCAGCACAGUCUGAGGAACUGGAAAAUGUUUCCCAACAGCUGAAUAAUGAAAGACAAAACAUUGAGCAGUUGCAGAUUAAAAUCAAGGAAGAUGAGAAGUUGAUAUUAAACCUAAACAAUGAAAUUGAUAAUUACAAAGCUGACAUUAAUAAAUUGCAAAAGGAAAUCAAGACACUAUCAAAGAAGGAGGAAGGCUUACAGAAUCAAAUAAACAAAUUGAAAAGUGUUGAAAAAGAGUAUGAAGAAAAACUUGAAAAUAUUCAGAAGGAGUUGGAAGCAGCAUUGGAAGAAAAUGAGAUACUGAAAUCUGAGAAAGAAGAGCAGGAUCGGAAUUUCAAUGGCGAAUUGGAAUGUAUGACAAAAGAGACAGACAAACUGGCUUUGAAAAUGAAAAGUCUUAAAGAAGAUCUUUCUGCUAAGAAUAAACAUUCAAAGGAACUAGAGAAGGAGAUCAGAAGUCUAAAAUCCAAACUGACUUCACAAACAAAAGCUGCUGAGACAAAGGACAGAGAAAUGGAAGAACUGAUGGGAGAGAAGGAAAAGAGUCAUCAAGAACUACAGGAGCUGCAGUCUGUGUGUGAGGAACUGCGAGUUAGCAUGGAGAAAGAGAAGAACUUGUGUGAAGAAGCAAAAUCUGAGGUCCAGGAUAUGAAGAAACAGUAUGAUGAUAUUGUAAAGCAGAAAGAAAGCACAGAGAAAAGAUGUGAACAUGAAGUACAGGAGCUUAUGACAACAAUGGAGAAGUUUCACCAGACAAAUGCUAAGCUUGUGGGGGACAAAGACAAGGAAAUAGAGAAACUGAAGAAAGAAAUCAGUCGAAGCAAGGAUCUUUCAAAAUCAGAGACAAAUGCUCACAUACUGGAACUACAAAGUGAAGUAGAUCAGGUCCAAAAUCUUUUGGCUGAAUAUAAUGAAAAAUUGAAAUCUUUACAAAGUGAAAAUGAAGACUUGCACACUAGAGCUGAAAAGUUUGAAGAUGGCAUCAAAGAGAGAGAUGAACUGGUGUCAAAAUGUCAAGCUGAGGUAGAAACAAUGAAGAACAAAAUGAAAUCUUAUGAAGAGGAUAUGAGUAAUGUGGAAAAAGAAAACAAAGAAUACAAGGAAAAAAUCAGGAGAUAUGAGAAUGACUUAUAUGAUAAGGAAUCUGAAAUUCAGGAACUAAUGACCAAGAUGAAUGACUUGAAAGUAGAAAAGAGAGAGUCCAAUACAUCAUUAAAACUAAAGAAAAAGGCAAAUAAUAAUCAGAGCAUUAAGGAGAAUGUUCUUUUGACACCAAAGAUACAGGAUGUAUCGGAAGAACACACAGUUUUGAGUAAAGUCAGCAACAAUAUAAGAGUGACACCUAAAGUUCCUCAACUGAGUAAAGAGAAUCAGUGCACUACACCAAAAUAUACUCCAACUCUGAACAAGGAGAGUGCAUUAAAAAGACCAAGUCCUAAUGCUAACAAGGCAGCCACUCCUGUGUCAUCUGUGCUGAAAACUCCACAGCGAAGCAUUUUAAAGCCAGAAAGUGGAAACUCGAUUGUCAAAAAGAGGAGAGUUGUGUUUGCUUCAGAUGAUGAUGAAGAGAGGUCUGACUCCUCUUCAUCUGAAAUGAUGGAAGUGGAGAUGGAUGAAAUUGAGAGUCGAUUGAAGACAAUAACUCCAAAGAGAACACCACUAUUGUUGAAACCGUCUCCCAAAGUGAAAACACCUGAUAGAAAUCUGAACUAUGACAGUGAUGAUGAGGAGACAAGAACUCCAAAACAGUUACAGUUAAAUCGGGUGCCCAGAGCUCCAUCCAUGCUAAACCAAACAAGAAGAAAACAAGAAAUUGCUAAGGCUCAGAGGGCCACUCAGGAAGUAAAUAAGGAUCCUCAAUCAGAAAAGUCUCAAAACAUCAGAAAAGCUCCCACAAAACCUCCAGGAAAAUUUUUCUUGACUUCUCCAAAGGAGAGGUUGAAGAAUCAAAAGAGUAACUCAAAGCUGUCCAAACUGAAGAGGACUGAGGAUUCUUGGUUUGAAAUGGAUUCUAUUUUUGGAUUUGAAGACUAAGCAUUGUAUGAUUUAUUUUUAUAUUGUCCUUAAAGUUGACAGAGAAUGAGUGAGUUCAGAGUUUUUGAAAAGAACUGUGAUGGCCUUUUAUUAAAAUGUGAUACUGAUUUUCUGUGAUACACUUAUUAUUUGUUUUCCUGAUAUUAUAGAUCUGAGGAAUUCUUAAUUGUUCUGAUUCAUUCUAUACAUACAACAAUGUCAUUUGCUUCUUACAUGUAAUUGUUAUUUGUUGUUACAUCUCUGAUCAACUUCUUGAAGCCUGUGAUAAUUUUGUGUAAGUGUUUAUUAAAAAGUUUAUCAUUCCGA